GCCACAGAAGAUUGACAGAAGCUGCAGUUGAUUCAUUCGGAGAAAACUUUAAUUAAAAAACAAAACAAAAACGACAACGUGAUUUUUUUUUGAACAGGACAGUUGCAGCGUGGUCACACGGAAGGAGAAGAAGAACAAGUACAAACUUCGAGCUGAACCACAGUGAGUUGUUAACACAAGGCGGUGAAAAGUUGCUUGGGGGAGAGAGAAAAAUAAAUAAAUCGAUGAUAUUAUUAUCAUUCAUAUCGGAGAAGUUGCAGCAAUUAUGCCAGACGUCGAACCUCUCAGAUACCCGUCAAGAGAAGGACGACCGAGUCAACCAGAUCAAGCAGAUCUUCAAGUCGUGUGCUCUGGUAGACGUCGCACCUGCGCUUUGCUCAACAGUCCCUCACCAUGUGUCAACAAGGCUAUUCACCAUAUGCAAGAGCUGAAAAUGACUGUGGAAAAUUGGUGUCAACAGAGUGGAAAAUAUCAACCACCUGCUGACCAGAACAAGCACCAAUACAGCAAAACCUCAAGAUUUCAACCCAGACACUCAGACACCGAAUCCGUGACGUCUACAGAGUUGUUUGUCGAAGGCGUCGCAAUUAGCACAAGAGGAAAUUGUCCAUUAUCGCCACUGUUGAAGAAAAUAAAUGACGUCCUCAGAGAGGUUGUGUGUCUGAUUGAGCGGCUGGAGGCUGAUCGGCAGUUUGCAGACGAAGCUCUCCACAAAGAGAAGAGGAGAAAAAGAUUUUUGGAGAACAAAGUCAACAGCAUCUCACUGUGGAAGCAACAAGAGCAUUCUUUCGUUGUCAAAAAAGAGCACGAGGCUUGCAACAGAGAAAUCAGUGGACUGAAGUGGCAGCUGAAAUUGGAGAAAGAAAAGCUCGACCAGGCCCAAGGGAAACUAUCAAACGCCGAGGUGUUGAACCUGCAUUUGCAAGAGGACAUCAACUUUGCCAAAAAACAGAUCCCCAUCGUGAAAGAAAACCUGGGCCUCCAGAGGACCAUCAUUGAUCGAAUCAACACUGCACAAGCAGAGGCUGAUGAAGUACAUGCAAAAACACAAAGUGAUCUCCUGAUGGUUCAGAAGGAGUUAAAAAAGAUGCAACUGGAUGCCAACAAUGAAAAAAUAGCACUGGACCAUGAACUGUUGGCGAAGAAGAAUCAGCUGGCUAACAGAGUGGAGGAGCUAAACCAGUUGACGAUGCUUGAGAAAAGCAUAUGUGCUGAAAUAAAUGUUGCUGAAAAGACCAUUGCUGUUACAGAAGAAAAGUGCGCAGACAUAAGGCAACGUAUCCCUGAGAUGAUAGAGCUCGAGAAAACUGAAAAAGACCAGAUUUUGCAUUUGAAACUUCAAAUUGAGGAUAAAAUGCAAAAGAACAAGAAGUUAAGAGGGAAAGUAAUUGCAUUGCAAGAAGAUGUUGAGAGAUCUAAACUUAAUGGGGAAGCAGAGGUUUCCUGCCUAGAAGAGCAGCUCCAUUCAAAAUCGAAUGCUUUUGCAGCUCUCCGUAAAGAAAACAUGGAGUAUGAACAGAAUGUUGAAGACUACAAGACAAGAAUUUCUGAGAGUGAGAAAGCAGUGAGGCAGAUGCGCAAGGAGAGGAAGCAGAUGCUCCAGAAAAUCACUGACAAUGAUGAGCAGUGGGAAAAGGCCAAGAAGGAAGUGACCCAAGUUGUAGCCCGGCACAGUGUCACCCAGACGAAGUUGGACGAGCAGGAGCAGCUCACCUUCAUGGAAGAACAGAGGGCCAGGAAGGAGAUGGAAAACCUGAGGAGCAAUCUGACAGGUCAGAUAACUGUCCUGGAACUACUCAAGGCUCAGUGUGCAGAUACCGAGGAGGGACUGAAACGACAGAAAAGGAGCUCAGAGCUAACCAAUCGAAAACUUCACAAAGAUUUUGAAGAUGCAUAUUCAGCAACACAAGCUUUACAGAUGAAAGUUGAGAAAACCAAGAAAGUGAUGGCAAAUUUGGAGCAGAUUCACUGCGAUCACAGGAAUGCGUUACACAACCUUGAGAGGGAGAAAAAAGUCCGAGGUGACCGCCUGAGAGCUGCACAGGAUUUACACGCUGCAACUAUAAAGAGAUAUGACAACGCUCUGGGCAGGAUCAGUGACCUUAGGAAGAAGAGCAAAGAAUACCAAGAUGCUUCGGAUAAAAUGGAAGAAAUAGUUGAAAGCAUGCCAGAAGUCAUAGAGGAACUUCAAAGUGUGUUCGAUGCGGUGGCUUUCAAAAACAAAUCAGCUGCUCUCAUAAUGAGCACCUUGCAGUCUGAUAUUAAUAACUGCCAACGACAAACACAGCGAUCCAUGCAGACACACACUGCUCAUGUUACAGCGAGGAGGAAGAAAAUGGAAGAAACCAAGGAGGCAUUAGAAAUUGCACUGACGGAGAACAAACAGCUGGCAAUUGAGUACAAACGUCUUAAGAAGAGCCUGAUGGAGGCCAGACAAGAGGCGGUGUCAGCACUGAGCAAGAAAAACCAAGAACAUACAUCUUUCCAUUAUUACACACAGCUCUCUUUGUUGCAGAAGAGGAUGCACAAAGCUUUGGUGAAAUACUUCAAACAACGCAGCCUCUACAGCCAGGCUGAACUGGACCGGUGCCAGGCUCUCUCUCAAGAGACCAACCGGAAAAUAAAAACAGCCCAGGUUUGGUCCAGACAUUACAGGGAGCAGCCAUGUCUCAGCAGCCCAGCCUCAAAAAGGCCCCAGCAGAUCACAGCUCAAGGGGGAGUUGUCAGAAGAAAUUCAGCUCAUCGCUGCGUUCCUGCAAUCUCUGGCAGAUGACUCUACUACCACUGAUGAAGCCGGGGUGAACCAACAAUCCGGUCCAGAUGCGGCUGGAUCGAAUGAGUAGAUGCCUUCAGUUCAAAUAGCAGUGUAAUUGGACAUUCACCUGUACCAGACAACUUACUUACCCUAGCACGCUUCACUAUUCCCCCCUCUACACUCGCAGCAGAUCCAUAACAAUGAAACAGGUGACUUUCAUGCUGCUGUCAGGACUGAUCUAAUUUUAGCUGGGUGAAUGAUUGCAAUUGGCUUUGCCUCAUCAGAUAAUUAAUCUAUGUCACCAUUAAUUGGAAAAGAGAAUAAUUACAGGCAGUGUUGACAGAAAUUCUACGCUCCUCCAGAUUUCAAGAUCUAAUUACAACUAGUGAAACCCUGUGACCUUAACUAGCACUUAGUACACCGUGCCCACCUUGACCAUGCCCAUGAAGACCACCGUCUCUGGAAAGAGCCCGUUUUUUGGGGGGUAAUCGCACCGCGCGCCCCUGCACUCCCUCCACUCUCCUCACUCCCUGUGAGCUGUCUCCCUCAAUCACUUUUCAAUAUUCAAUCUUAAUUUUGUGGAAGUUUAGCAUUUUCAAUGAGCUGGAGAUGAAUGAUUAAUGAAUAAAUUUAAAUGCUUCAUUUUGUCCAUGGAUCAUUAGUUAAGUCCUUUGUGGGAAGGACCUGAGAAAGGAGUGAAAAUUAUUGAGACAUUAGCCUGAAGCAAUCCAGGGGUAAAUAGUGUGCACAAAAGGAUGUUGUGUGUGCACUAUCCACUGGCUUUCCUAAAGAACCCUGGGGAAACACUGUUUUCAAUUUGGAAUCUUAACUGAAUCACAUUUAGUUCUUGUGGGAAAUUGAUUUUUGUUUCAUCAUGUUUCUGCAAUGUCAUACUAAUGGUAGACAACAGUCGUGCCUGCUCCACACGGACCCUUAAAGAGAGACGCAGAAAUGUUUAUAGAUUAACGAUACUUAUUUAAAUAUGAUCAAAUGCAUGACAUAUUUAAAUUCCAGCGAAAAAGAGCAAGAAUCUGUAAUUAAUAAUGGUCAUCUAGUUCUUGAAAAAGUUCAAGUGCCAUUGAUAUUUAUGAUGAUUUUAGUGGCGUAAAGGUCGGUGCUUUGUGACUGCUCCUUUUAUUGCCCUUCUGUCUGCGUCCGGUUGAUAGAGAUGCUGUUGUCUUGUUGAUGUGCCGGAUGCCUUUCCGACUAGUGGAGACAGAAGGGGGCAGCAUGGACAACACAAGCUCGGAGAGACGCUAUCGACCGCAACGUGGCCCAUUUGUUUAAUUUGUUAUAGUACUGUGAUUGUUGCAUUUAAUCUCAGAUUGAGUAUCAUUAUUAUUUAGUCAAGGAAAUACACAUGUUUAAGUGUAUAUAUGAACUUUUAUAGUCUCUUUUUAAAUGAGUAUAUAUAUAAAAAAAAUUCUAUAGCUUUGAAUUUACAUAUAAAAUAUUAUAGUACACAUACUAUAUGAUAGAGUAGAGUGACAGGCGCUCUAACGUGAUGCCUCAUGUGGACUACUCACAAACCCACGAUGCAACUAAAUCUCCAAAAGCACCUCAAAGAGAAAAAUGUUUAGUCCAUCUCAUAUUCCCAGCUGACUAUAUGGCUAUAUACAUCCUUCCAAAACACAUUGGUCUACUCUUCUUGCCUCUAAUCAAUCCCCUAAAUGAAUGAAAGCCAGCUACAACCAAAUGUCAUCACAUUUAUCUGCAGACGUGCCUCAAAGUGGACACACACCUAAAUGCUGCUACUUUAAAGAGGGUGAACUGUGGAAACGCUGACUGCCGCGAUGUAUUUCCUUUUCAUUUAAUACGCUUGUUUCCCUAGGAUGAGGAUGGGAUUUACAGCACAAGCCUCACAGUGUUGUUGUAUUCAGUGACACAUCAAUGGCGCUUUUAGAAUUUUCUAACAAAAGUUUUUACAAAAGCGUAUAUUUUCAAAAGACACGUUGGGAGAAAAUCUGAUUUACAGGCGGCAUGAUUCUGAGCCCGGCACCGCCAUGCAGACGAUGGGCCCGUCUCGUUUGGAUUCACCCCAGCGACCCCCCCCCCCCCGAUCGCUGAUGCGAAGCCAAGUGAAUCAGAGCAACGUUCCGACUCCUCCAGCUAACCCAAAUUCUGUUUUUGAAGAUCUUUUUAAAAAGCCAGGAAGAUGGAGGUGUCCUCUCAGACCCGUCCCGUCUUUGUCCAUGAGCAAGUGGAGAGUUGAGCCAUGGAGCUGAUGGAGUCAAGGAAAGAAUAAUUGAUGCAGUGCAGCAAGUUAUUAGGGAGAGUGUUCCUUGAAAGUUUAGGCGACUACAGCAUCUGUCAUUCAGUCAUACUGUGCGGGCGUAACAAUACACUGGAACUGUGUUUGCCAGAUAUGCGUCGGAUGUUUUGAACCCCAACUUUGCUCUUUAAAGACUUGAGAGCAUUGAUACGGUUGCAGUCGAAGGGGGUUGCUAAUACAAUGGGGCUCAUCUUGCAAUUCUCCCAAGAAAUAACUAUCAGUCCUGCUACAGCGGCUCCAGCGUCCCUAGGUGACCGCGCCACUGAGCCCGUGCUCGCUCCAUCGCACCCCACUCCACGCCUGCUGCCACCCUGAAGGUAGAUGCAUCACGCUGGGGAGACUGCGCAACAGCAGCCCCCCCUCC